UAUUUCGAUAAUGCGAUGCAACACAAUGAUCCAUACUAGGACCUCUUCUCCAUUCUUUCUCAUUCAACCCAUUCGGGGUGUAAACAAACAUUUGAAGGAUGCCGACGUGUCAGCGAAGACAUUGAGCAUAGCAAAUUUGAUCAAAAUGACGAGCCCAAAUAGCAGCGAUAAGACCAUGAAGCUUGUGAGCCUGGUGACACUCACAGUACAAAAUGCGGCUGUUGCUCUUAGCAUGCGUUAUUCCAGAACUCGAAAUGGUGACAUGUUUAUUGCAUCCACAGCUGUGCUGAUGGCAGAAGUUGUCAAGCUCAUUGCUUCCUUGUAUCUGUCUAUAAGAAGUGAGGCUUCUCUACCAGCUGGGAUCAUGUCGGUAUAUGUGCAUGUUUGGAAGAACAAAGUUGACACUCUCAAAGUCAGCCUACCAGCCUUUAUAUAUCUCAUUCAAAACAAUCUUCUCUAUGUGUCAGCUUCCAACUUGGAUGCAGCAACAUAUCAGGUGACGUACCAGUUGAAGAUUCUGACGACGGCGAUGUUCGCGGUGCUGAUGCUGGGGCGCAGCCUGCACAAGCUACAGUGGGUGGCGCUCGUGCUGCUCUGCAUCGGCGUUGCUCUCGUUCAGCUCGCUGCAACCACCGUAGCCGUUGUCGGGUCUGUGGAGCAGAACAAGCUGCUGGGCGUGGGGGCUGCGAUAGGCGCCUGCUUCUGCUCAGGCUUUGCUGGCAUUUACUUCGAGAAGAUCUUGAAGGGCUCCGAUGUUUCCAUUUGGAUGAGGAACGUCCAGCUUUCACUGGCUUCCAUGCCGCUUGGUCUACUCACGUGCCUCGCCACCGACUGGACAGAGAUCAAAAACAAGGGCUUCUUCUUUGGCUACGACGCCUACGUGUGGUACUUGGUGGUUCUCAACGCCACGGGAGGACUUCUUGUUGCCAUGGUCGUCAAGUACGCCGAUAACAUCCUCAAGAACUUUGCCACGUCUCUCGCCAUCGUCCUUUCCAUGCUCGUGUCCAUAAUGUUCCUGGGCUUCUCAAUAAACUUCCAGUAUAUUGUGGGCACCGUCUUUGUCAUCGGGUCUAUUUUCCUGUACAGCUACCAGCCUCCUAAAAAGCCUACAGUCGCCACCAUACCGCCUGAUGAUACUGGAUUCAACUCAGGCCUGAAACAUUUGAAGAGGAAUUGACGCAGUCCUGCAUCGUCUGCUGCCUGUUGCGGAUGGAUAGGUUCAUGAACCGUUUGAAUAAUAGAAUACACUGGGUCAACUUUAAUGAACAAAAUCACAUUGUUCUCAUAUUUUACUCACUGGGUCAACUCACACACUGUGAGUUGACCCAGUCAACAGUGAGUUGACCCAGUCUGUGUGACAGAACAAUGUGUAAUCACUGGGUCAACUUUAAUGAACAAAAUGACAUUGUUCUCAUAUUUUACUGCUGUUCUCACUAGAAUUAGAAGCAAAAAUUAAAUAGUAUAUAAGUGGUGCACAUUGGUAACUUAGUUGGAAAGUGUAAUGGAGGUAUAAUCUCGAAAAAUAUAUUUCAUAUAAAUACGCGUACUUAUUAUAUCUUAUUUGCGUUAAUAGCAAAUCUAUCAAGAAUUCAGAAUGGACAAAAACCCCAAGUAAAUUAAAAGAAAUGUCAUUGAAAUAGUUUUGGUUCUCUUUGGUUCCUAGAUAGCGAUGAGCGCAGAACGAAUCGGCACACGUUGUAUUGAUGUCGCUUAACUUCAUAAGAGUUUCUAAAAACUACAAUCUUGAUUUUAUGUAUAAAUUCAUGAGAUUCGAAUUUGGCGGUCGUCUUCCACGAAAAGUUCUCAGUUACUAUUUAUACCGCUAGAUCUUGCGAUUUGAGCGUAAACAAUAAUCUAUUUCACCUAAUAAUGAUAUUACGUACCAGUAUUAUUUAGUGAGUAGGGUUGGGCUAUGGAGGCUGCGAACGUCGAUUAUGCAUUGAACAUCUAUUGCUUUAACAAAGAUUCUUCGACGGGAAUGUACCUUUUGUUAAAAAUAAUGUUCCCUGUUUUUAUGAUAGUGCAAAUACUUUAUGAAUAGAAUUAGAAAUUUUCGGGUUAUCAAUUUACUGUUACUUAAAAAUAUAAGUGUUGUUUUCAUCUCCCUCUUCAUUUAUUACUGUUUUUUUAUUUUAUUCGUAAAAUUCUGGAGUUCCAAGAAAUCACUUUAAUGUAAAUGAUUUAAAAAAACGCACAAUAGAAUUAAACAUUUUUUAUCGCUUAAAUAAGACCACCUGACAUUUGGAAAAUGUUUCGGCACGUUUAAAUUUUAUUUAAAUGUUAAAAUUCUAAACUUCAGUAUAUAUUCCACCAUAACCCAUUGCUCCAAUUGACACUGAAGUUGUGCAUGCCUAGCAGUAUAUGCAUAAAUUUACUUUAUAUAUCUUCAUGUGUACAUGUACUGCGUUCUAUACUGAAAUUCAAAGCUGAAAAUUGUAAAAUGUUUUACCUAUCUUUAUUUGAGUAUCUGCCUGCAUAAGUUCUGCAUCGCUUGCUUAACAUUAUUUAUUACAGAUAAUAAUUGGGUAAUUGUGGUUUUGAAUGUAUAAGUUAAAUUUGUUGAGUUGCGUUGAAUACCAAGUUAAGUAGGAUUCGUCAAGUACCAAUGAUGUUGUCUGGUAUUCCAUGUAAGUGAUUCCCCUGCAAUGUUGAUACAUAUAUAGCGGCUUCACUAAUUAACUUUUCUUUAAACAAUAAAAUUUUAAUUAUAGUCUUUACAAUAAAGUAAUGAAACAACACUAAGUGCACAAUGUAAAUGCAUAUAAUUUUUCAUAGAAGCCGAAUAUGAGUAACGAUUAAAAUCAGUCAAGAUCAGGCAAAGGGACCAAUGCUGCUGCGUCGGUUAUCUUGAAGUUUUACAAUAAGUAAACCGCAAUAAAUGAGUUGUAUUUUACUCUACGCAGCUUCUAUAUUUUGCAUUAUAUAUUAGCUUAUGGUGAAGUGUGAACAAGGAUACGUUUUUGAGUUUAAUUUAUCUAAAAAAUUUGUUAGAGAUUAAUGCUCACUGUUUAGAUUGUCGAUCCAGCGGUCCUUCUCCAGCUGCGGCAGAAAUAGUUCGUAGGUAAUACGAACUAAUAGUCACCCUAAUCACGAUGAUUUACUCUAAUCACGAUGAUUUAUCCUAAUCACGAUGAUUUAUCCUAAUCACGAUGAUUUAUCCUAAUCACGAUGAUUUAUCCUAAUCACGAUGAUUUAUCCUAAUCACGAUGACUUAUCCUAAUCACGAUGAUUUACCCUAAGCACGAUUAUUUACCCUAAUCACGAUGAUUUACCCUAAUCACGAUUAUUUACCCUAAUCACGAUGAUUUACCCUAAUCACGAUUAUUUA